AUGAAGUUACCGGUAGAAGUGAUUAACAAGCUACAGCUGGACCCAGACUGCAUUCGAAAUAUAUGCAUUCUAGCCCAUGUUGAUCACGGAAAGACUUCCUUGAGUGACUCGCUCCUAGCCACCAACGGGAUUGUUUCUCAGCGUAUGGCCGGGAAGACUAGGUUUUUGGAUUCGAGAGAAGAUGAGCAAUUGAGAGGUAUUACCAUGGAAAGUUCUGCCAUAUCCUUGUACUUUAAGUCUUCUAAACGAAAGGAAGGAACAGAAGAAAUAGAAAUCAAAGAGCAUUUAAUUAAUUUGAUCGAUUCUCCAGGCCAUAUUGAUUUCUCAUCAGAAGUGUCAACUGCUUCAAGACUUUGUGACGGAGCAAUAGUCCUUGUGGACGUAGUAGAAGGGGUAUGCUCGCAAACUGUGAACGUUCUAAGACAAUGCUGGGUCGAUAAAUUGAAACCCAUAUUGGUAUUGAAUAAGAUUGACAGAUUAAUUAUCGAAUGGCAGUUGACUCCAUCGGAAGCAUACCAGCACAUGUCCAGAGUCAUUGAACAGGUUAAUUCAGUCAUAGGGACAUUCUAUUCAGGAGAAAGAAUGGAAGAUGAUAUGAUUUGGAAAGAAAAGGGACAAGUAGGUGAUUUUGUUGAAAAGGAUGACACUGACCUUUAUUUUUCACCCGAAUUAAAUAAUGUGAUCUUUGCAUCCGCCGUUGACGGGUGGGCAUUUUCCAUUAACAUAUUCGCCAGUUUCAUGCUGAAAAAGUUGGGAUUCUCUCAAGCGGUAUUGUCCAAGACCUUGUGGGGAGACUUUUAUUUGGAUAUGAAGAAUAAGAAGAUCAUUCCAGGGAAGAAGCUAAAGUCGAGUCAAUCGAACUUGAAGUUGUUGUUUGUGUCGCUUGUGUUGGAACAGAUAUGGUCUGUUUAUGAUGUGUGUGUGAUGAACAGAGAUGAAGACAAAUUGACCAAGAUAAUCGAAAAGCUUGGAGCUAGAGUAUCUCCUAGGGAUUUGAGAUCCAAAGACCACAAGAAUUUGUUAAAUGUCAUUAUGUCUCAGUGGAUUCCUGUCAGUCAUGCGAUUCUAGGAAUGGUUAUUGACUAUUUGCCCAGUCCUGUCAAGGCACAAAAUGAGAAAAUGUCUAAGCUUCUUGAUGAAUGUAUUUAUAAUGUAUUUUCUGACAUCGAAGACAAGUCCCAGUUGAUCGACCAAGAGUUUGAAAAGUCCAUAAAGACAUGUGAUAGAGAAAGCCCCGAGAAAAAUACUUUAGCAUACGUAUCGAAGAUGAUCUCAAUCCCUAAUGCAGAGCUUCCUAAAGAUUUCGUGACUCCAGCGUUGUCUAAAGAAGAACUUAAGGAGAGAAGUCGAAUUGUCAGACAAUUGGCUAAAGAAGCAUCUGAGGCUGCAGCAGCGGCCCAAGAGGCGGCAAGAGAGUCGACCACCGAUGAGUUUUCCCUCCCGUUGGCUGUCAAUGAUCCGUUCGAAUGGGAAUAUGAAGAGGAUUACUUUGAUGAUGAUGAAGUCGCUCCCGAGGAAACAUUAAUCGCCUUUACAAGGGUAUUCUCUGGUUCAUUAUCACGUCAUCAGAAAGUGACUGUAAUUGGUCCCAAGUACGACCCAUCUUUGCCAAAAGAUAAUCUUACCAACAAAACGCAAAUAUUUGAAAAUAUUGUCAUUCAAGAUUUGUACUUAAUAAUGGGCAGAGACUUGAUACGAAUGGAGACGGUUCCAGCAGGAAAUAUUGUCGGUGUUGUAGGGUUGGAUAAUAUUGUACUCAAGAAUGCUACGAUAAUAUCUACAACUAGGACUGAUGAUUCCCAUCCAUACAUCAACUUAGCAUCUACCUCCACUUUGAUACACAACAAACCAAUUAUGAAGAUUGCCAUAGAACCGACCAACUUACUUCAUCUUGGGAAGAUUGAAAGAGGCUUGGAUAUUUUGUCCAAAGCGGACCCAGUCUUUGAAUGGUACAUCGAUGAGGAUUCUGGCGAGCUUAUUAUGUGUGUUGCAGGAGAAUUGCACUUGGAAAGAUGCCUCAAGGAUUUGAAAGACAGAUUUGCUAAGGGAUGUGAAGUAACCGUCAAAGAGCCAGUAAUCCCUUUUAGAGAAGGAUUGGAUCCUUCUGGAUCUUCUGCCUUCAAGUCAGAAGAUACUCUCACAACUGAAGUUGAAGGUUUACGGUUGGAGUUCGAAACAUAUGCUUUAACUUCUGCGAUUACCAAAUUCCUUCUUAAUUCAGAGUCAGAACUUGCUGCUGUUAGAGACCUCAAAGUCAGAAACACAGCUGCUGAGCAUAGUUUCAUCGACCAAUUCGUGGACAAGUUUAAAAAUGUUAUUGAGGAUGACGAGGAAGAGGACAGUUUGAAGUUUAUCCAGAAACUAGGGUUUAACACUGCUCAAUCAUUCAUUGAUAAUAUUGUUGCAUGUGGUCCCAAAAAGAUUGGGCCUAAUAUUCUUGUAGAGUCCACCUUCAACCACAACAAAUUCAGAUAUUUGUUAAGUAGUGGCAAUCCUGUACUGCCACUUGAUCUUGAACCUCAUGUCAUCAAUGGGUUCCAAUUGGCUACUAACGAAGGGCCUCUCGCUGGAGAACCUCUUCAAGGUGUCCUCGUUUUGAUCAAGAGUUGCGAGGAACUCGAAAAAGAAGAAGACAAUGAAGAUACCUUUUUAUUAGGACUGCAAGGAAGAGUUAUAACCCACACUAGGGACCUAAUCCACGAAAAGUUUUUGUUUAGCGGAGCCAGGUUGUUCUUGGCUAUGUACACUUGUGAAAUCCAGGCAGCCACCGAAGCUUUGGGUAAAGUUUAUGCUGUUGUGCAAAAGAGAGGUGGUGCUAUAAUAUCAGAAGAAUUGAAAGAAGGAACUCCUUUCUUUACUGUAGUGGCAAGAGUGCCGGUUAUCGAGGCAUAUGGGUUUGCAGAAGAAGUGAGAAUGAGAACCUCAGGUGCUGCCACACCACAAUUGGUGUUUGAUGGAUUUGAUAUCUUGUCUAUCGACCCAUACUGGGUACCUCAUACUGAAGAAGAGCUUGAAGAACUCGGAGAGUUUGCUGAAAGAGAAAAUGUGGGCAGACGGUACAUGAACAACAUCAGAAGACGGAAAGGUCUUUUUGUUGAUGAAAAAGUUGUCAAGAAUGCUGAAAAACAAAGAACCAUGAAAAAAGAUUAGUGUAGUUGGCUGCAAUUGUAUAAACCAAAAAAAAAACGUUCGCACUUUUGUGGACUCAUCAGAAAA